UGGGGCUGGGGGCGGGAGCGGGGAGGGCUGGUCCGAGGCGAGGUCGGGCUGGCGGGCGGUGGUGCUGCUCUUCACCCAGCCAGGCGGCGGCGGGGAGAUGAGGCUCCUGGCGCUGGCAGCGGCGUUGCUGAUGGCCCGCACUCCCAGCCGGGAGGUCUGUGGAGCCCUCAAUGUCACCGUGUCCCCAGGCCCUGUGGUUGAUUACCAGGAAGGGGAAAAUGCCACCCUGCUCUGCCACGUCUCCCAGAAGAGGAGGAAGGACAGUUUGCUGGCCGUACGCUGGUUCUUUUCUCGCCCUGACUCCCAGGAGGCUUUGAUGGUUAAGAUGACCAAGCUCAGACUGGUGCAGUACUAUGGGAAUUUCAGCCGCAGCGCCUAUAGACAGAGACUGCGCCUCCUGGAGGAGAGGCGGGGGGUACUCUACGCCCUCUCUGUUUUGACCCUCAAGCCAGCAGAUCAAGGGCAUUAUGCCUGCAAAGUGCAGGAGAUCAGCAAGCACAGGAAUAAGUGGACAUCCUGGUCCAAUGGGUCCUCAGCAACAGAAAUGAGAGUGAUUUCCCCCACAGUUUCUGAAGAUUCACCACUUGAGAAAAAAAAAGGAACCUGGGCAUUAUUUGAAGACCUCUACAUGUAUGCUGUGCUCGUGUGCUGUGUGGGGAUUCUCAGUGUUCUGCUCUUCACCCUGACCAUCAUCUGGCAGUCUGUGUUUAACAAGAGGAAAUCCAGAGUGAGACAUUAUUUGGUGAAAUGCCCACAAAACAGCUCAGGGGAGACCGUUACCAGCAUGACCAGCUUGGCUCCACUACAUCCCAAGAAAGGAAAGAGGUGGAAGGAGAAACCUGAUAUUCCCCCUGAGGUCCCUGCCAAAGCUCCCAUUGCCACCUCAUUCCAUAAGCCGAAGCUGCUGAAACCCCAAAGGAAAGUCACUUUGCCAAAGAUUACAGAAGAAAACUUGACCUAUGCUGAGUUGGAGCUGAUCAAACCCCACCAGACUGCCAAAGACGUUCCCACCAGCACUGUCUAUGCCCAGAUUCUCUUCCAGGAAAACAAAUUAUAAUACUCCAUUUUCUUCCGUGGUCCUAUUUAAUACCUGCCACCCCACUAAUUUAUGAAACCUUGGAAACAAAGUCCUUAUUUUUGUAUUUUCACUUGUGCCUUUUGAAUGAUGGGAAGCCCCCUGUUAAGGGCAUUCAAGGUGUCUUCAAAGAGAUAUAGGGUUCUGUUCCACAAAAGAGUAGGAGUCAUAAUCUUUGGAAAAAUCUCCUAGGUCUAGAAUUUUUCUGGGUCUGAGUCUUGAGGGGUGAGGACUCUGAUUCUGGUGACACCCAAAAAGGUUUUCUUUCUUUCUUUUCUUUUUUUUUUUUUUUUUGCUGAGCCAACCAACCCCCUUCACAUUUCUUCUUUCUCUGCAUUAUAUGUUUUUAAUCUUGUUAAAGACUUAAUUUUCAUCUUCUACUCUUCCUGUAUCUGUGAUAUCAGACUCAUCAUAUGUAGGUAAAGGAAAUGCCAUUAUAGGUUAAAGUGUGAGAUGGUAGAUUGUAGUAACUGGUUUUCAAAGAAUCAGAUAAUAAAGAUAGGGUACCCAGAACAGAGCAAAGUGCUUAUUGGUAGUAGUCACUCAAGAUAACACCUCCCUCUCUGUCUGUCUCUCUCUCUCUCUCUCUCUCUCUCUCUCUCGACUCCAGAGUUAUCACUGGGGCUUGGGUGCCUGAACUAUAAAUCCAUUGCUCCUGAAGGCCAUUUCCCCCGUUUUUUUGUCCUUGUUGUUAUUGUUAUUGCUGUUGUUGUUGGGUAGGACAGAGAAAGAUUGAGAGAGGAGGGAAAGACAGAGAGGGGGAGAGAAAGAUAGACACCUACAGAUCUGCGUCACCACUUGUGAAGCGACUCCUUGCAGGUAGGGAGCAUGGGGGGCUCAAACCAGGAUCCUUACACCGGUCCUUGUGCUUAGCACCAUGUGCUACUGGCUGGCCCCCAGGAUCUCUUGUUUUAACUAGAUGCACUCACCCAGGUGAUGUUAAGGUAGGGUGACAGAGGACUGGAAAGUUGGAGGUCUGAGCAGACAGUGUACUCAUUUCCAUAUUCAUUGUCACUCAAGAUCACAGUUUAGAAUAUCAUUUUAAAGGGCAUGCAGGCGUGAGGGAAACUAUAAUAAUGAGGAAAUUUAUUUUCUCUAAGUUCUUACCUUUUUCCAAAGGAUCAAGUUGCCACCAGUUGAAAUGCUGUACGAAGCUAGCCUCUUGAAAAUAGUCUGAACUCAACAGCUGUAACUGAAUGGCUGCCCCUCUGAAAGCAAAGUUUUUCACCUUAUUCCCCCAAGUUAGGAGAGUAGGAAGGAAAUACACAGCAGGCUGGAAAAUGUGUCCUGAAGACCUGACUGCUACAGGGUGCCAUGCCCAACUGAGCGAUGUGAAUUCUAAUGGUUUUGAGUGGGAUCAGACAGAAAUAUGUGGCGUAUUAACUCGGGGGAAGAUGCUCCAGGAUCACAAUGAAGGCAGAUUCAUUGUGGAAGCGGAUCAUUGUCUCAACCUUGUUAAGGAUGCUUGUGCAUUAUGACUAUGCUCUGUGUGAUUGUUGUUUGCUGCAGACUACAAAAACUGUUUGAUUUUGUAAUGGAAUUUAAAUUAUAUAUUUUACACACAACCGUGGGUGUGUUUUUAACCCCUGUGUAUAGCCACAUGGACUUUGCUGAAAUUUUUAUCCCCUUGUUGUCUCGGACUCUAUGUUUGUAUAGAAUUCAUUUAACUAUGUAUAGAACUCUUGUAAUAGAGCAACAAAUACCACAAAAUUCUAGACAUUAUAGCUCAUUUCACAAAUACUGUGUUAAUAGUUAUGCUAAAGGCAGUCAAUUAUUUCAAAGUAAAAUCAUUUUAUUACAUGUGACUCUCUUUGCCAGAGUUUUAGCAUGUAAAUAUUUGUGGACUUAGCUUCAUAGUAAAUUGAGGCCCCAGAGACCAAUGAUAGCUUUUGAAUGUCUCUCCUGGUUUGUUAAAAAGAAUUCAAAUUAGGACAAGGUAAUGAUUUCCCAGAAGCAAAAAAAAAAAAAAAAAAAAGCCUGACUUUACAAAAAGAGGAUAUGUCUGGAUUUUUCUUAGUUUUCCUUUAUGUUAACAGUUUCAAUGCAAAGCUGAUUCUAAAGAAAUCCCAACCAUUUUCUCCUUCCAAGGUUACUUGAGGCUUGGAGCUUUGACUUGGGAUUGUGUGCAUGUGGAUCUAUUUUCCAUUUCUCUCCUUCAGAGAGGAAAUACCCUAUAACCUUUCUGGCCGACACCUGCAUUUGAUUCCCUUCAUCUCUGUCAGAUUUCAAAGGUAGUGAAUAAAACACAGCUUUUGCGAAACAUUCUAGAAUA